AUGAGAAUAAUUUUCUUCGUUUUUAUUCUAUUUUACUCUUCAAUAAUCAAUAGUGAAGAAAUAUUAUCGUAUACUGAUAUAAUAACAAGUUAUUGUUCACCACCAUUUUAUUAUUAUAAAUCGUGGUGUUAUUAUAUAUUUCCGAAUGUAACUUUGGAUUGGUCAUCAGCAUAUCGUUUAUGUCGUUCGAUUGAUAAACAUACGUAUCUUGCGUAUGUAUCAGGCGACGAUGAAAUGAUUGAUCCUCUACGUGACAUAUUAAUUAAUCGAGAAAAAUCUCAAGAAAUCAAGUCCAUAUGGACAAAUACAACAUGGGGUCAGCAACGACGAACAAUAUUAAGUCGAAAUUCAAAACGAUCGUGUCGUAAAAUUGAAUUGAAAUCAAAUUAUAAAUUCGGUCAUAUCGAUAUGCUUCGAAUGCCGUUUACGAAUUGUCGAGAAAAGCAUACGGUCAUGUGUCGAAAAGAACUUCCAUUGAAUAUCGAAUGCCGACGACCAUGGGCAUUAGCUUAUGGUAUAUGUUAUUAUCUAGAUGAACAAAAACGUAUUAGUAAAACAGAAGAAGAAGAUCGUAAUAGAGUUCAAUGUCAAGCAUGGGAAGGCGAAUUAUUUUCUAGUUCGAAACAAGAAAAAAAUAUUCUUAUUCCAUUUCUAUCAUAUUCAUUACAUAGUCUUCGAUCAAGUGGAAUUCUAUCUGAAAAUUUCGGUGGCAUAUCUUAUUCAUUUGAAAAUAUUCUACAAGAAAAUUGCUCCCUUAUAUCCGGUGAUGUUUACUUAAGUACAACUCUUAAUCAAUUAAGAAAUCGAAAUUCAACAAAAAAUUGUUCUGCAUAUAAUUCCUAUACACUAUGUCGACAAGUUCAAAAUACAACUUGUGAACCACCAUGGUUUUAUGAUGAUGGAUUUUGUCUUUAUUUUUCACCACAAUCACUUUUCGAUAUGGCAGCUGCAACGAUUGAAUGUUCACGUCAAGAUGGCUAUUUGCUAUAUGUUAAUAAUGAAGAAGAACUGUUUCGAUUAACACAUAAUCUUGUAUCUUUAACACCCUAUUUUAAACAUCUUUCAUUGGCCGGUGUAUGGUUAGCACUGUCCUAUAGAGCGAUGAGCUCAGCCAAUGGUGAUCCCGCAGAAGAUAGUUUUGCUUGGCAAUGGGAUUUAUCGAUUGAAUCUUAUCUCGAUGAAAAAUGGAAAUUAUAUGAAUGGAAAAAUUUCUUUCAACAUCGUCUAUCACCCUAUGUUGUCAGUGCAGGUGAUUGUGCUGCAUUAAUUCUUGAUACCAAAAUACGUGAGCCCAUUGAACGUACGACAUGUCACACACGUCGAACAGUUGUAUGUCGAAAACCGCUAGAUAAUCAAACGGUGUCAUUUCAUAAGAAAGUUAAAUAUGAGAAAAUUUUAAAUUUAAAAAAUUCCACUCAGAUUUCGGAAUUUCCUUCAAAAUCAAGAAAUCUAUCAUCACUAUCCACAUUAAUGAUUACUCGACAUGUAUUUGAACCAUUAAGUUCAACAAAACAUCGAUUAAUUGCUUAUUUCAAUGGAUCUUCAACAGUAACAAUAACUCUUGUUUUUGCAUGUAAAUCGAAAGGAAUUCUUUUUCAAGCAUCAAUUCCGUCCAAUGAAUUAUUAUCGAUUAUGAAAUUUGAUAUAGGAAACAAUUCAAUACAAAGUGAAUAUCAAGUACUGUUUAAUUAUCUUCAAGUAUCAAAUUGUACGAAUACAACAAUAAAUCAAUGUAUUUAUCUAUCGUGUAUACAAAAUGAUCCAUGGCAUUAUACAUUAUCUGAAAUGCAAAAUCGUUUAAAUAUGAUUCGUAAUCAAUCAUCAACUAAUUCUCGAUGUUUAAUGAAAUAUGCUAAUUCAAACUUUCAUGCACAAAUCUGUUCUAUUUUGAUCGAUCAAUUUCGUAUAGGCGAAGAAACACUAUUAGCUGCUCCAGUAUCUUCAUCGAAAACAAAUGAUUGUAAAGAUUUCGGUGGACAAUGCGUUCCUAAUUCAUUGAUAGUCUCAUCUUCGAUGUCAUUUACUGAUAGUGAUUUAACUUGCCCAACAGGAUUUAUUUGUUGGCUACAAGGUAAACUGUUUUUCUAA